AUGGCCGCGGGGGGGGGUCCGGCGCCGCCGGGAACGUGCCCCCGGCGAGCCGCGCUGGAGAUUUGCGACUGCGGCGGGAUCGGUGGCGCCGGCAGGUCGUUUGGGUUGGCAGCUUCGGACCCGGCACCCAGAGCCGGUGGGGAGGGCCCGGUCGUGGAGCGGGCGCAUCGCUUGCACGGGCUCAGGCAGGGGCGGGGCCGGUGUGAGGCUCUCUUCCUGGCCCCCCAGAGGCCUGCGAGGCGCCCGCCGUGGGCGGCGCCCUCCGCUGCUUCUCCGAUGGAGGCGCUGGCAUUGGAACAGUGGUGCUCCAGAGCGGGCACCAUUUAUUGUUCCGGACGUGCCGCGCAAAUGGCGGCGGCUCACGUUUGCCGCGUGCGCUGGUUAGCGCUGGAGGGAACUGGCACUACUUAUGGGUCCGAAGUUGGGGGUGACCUUGGAGGGCUGGCCGCGCGCGUGGACACCCUGUAA